ACUCCUUUGAACACAUUUUAGUGACACAUUUCAUGUGGUUGGUCACUCCAAACAGAAUGACUCAUUUUAUUGUGAAGUUUCUAGUUUGGAUUGAAAGCAUCUUUUUGAACUACAUAGACAACAGGUUUCUGACAUUCUAUAACUGUUUGAAAUGGCUAUAAAACAAGUGACUACAAAUCAGGCUACUACUGUAUGGAAACCACACAUUUAAUAAAAGCUGUGUGAUCUGUCAUCAUGGAUCAAAACCCAGUAUAUUACUGAAGCCUGAAAUGCCGACAUGGUCCAAUCCAGUUUCAAAACGACCAAAAGCGUAGUACUUGUACGUAAAUGUGUUGAUGCUUAUCGAUGAUCCGGCCCCGGUGUUAAGGUUUGAAAUAACAGGUAUGCGGGAAAUGCAGUGACAAGAGCUAGGCACGCUAAGAAUGCUAAAGGGUGCUCUGUGUGUGUGGGGGGGGGGGCCUGACUAAGGGUUUGGUCGGGACGGUCCAUUGGUUCAUUGGUGUCAGGUGUCGUCUCUGUUCGCAACGCGAGUCUAGCAGCAAGUGCUGCGGGGGAUGGCUGUGGUUGGGUCAGGCUCCUCCCCAUUACCUGUCCCGCAGGAAUGUCACAGGUGUGGGCAUGCUCAUGUUGACUCACUCUUCCUGUUCCACCUCAGACGAGAGCACACAGGGGAGUGAGCUCUGCCAGAAAACACCCAGACAUGGAGGAAAUGACGAUAUGGGAGCAGCACACAGUAACACUGAGCAAGGAUCCGAAAAUGGGCUUUGGCUUUGCAUUGUCCGGGGGCCGAGACAAGCCUAAUCCCGACACAGGAGACACGGCGGUGGUGGUGUCUGACGUGGUGCGCAAUGGACCUGCUAUGGGGGUGCUACAUACCCGAGAUCGUAUUGUUAUGGUCAAUGGGGUUUCCAUGGAGAAUGGCACGUCUAACUUCACAAUUCAGAACCUGAAGAGCUGUGGAAAAACAGCGAACGUUACAGUGAAGAGGCCCAAGGUGAUCCAGAUACCCAUCACCACCAGGCCGACCCGCGCCCAGUCCAGCUCCAACCUGCUGGCCGAAGACCCCAACCACCGGCGGCCCCGCAGGGGCUCCGACACGGGCAGCUACGGCAGGGACCCUCGCAGGGGGCGCAGCGCCUCUCCGGAGCGCAACGGCCACGACCUUGCCCUCAUGUCCGGCUUCAAGCGCCUGCCGCAGCAGGACGCCGCGGACAAGCCCAUCAGAACCACGCUGAUCAAGAAGAAGCAGACCGAUGAGUACGGAAUGAAGCUGGGAAGCCAGAUUUUUAUUAAACACAUGACGCCUACUGGACUGGCUGCCAAAGAGGGGACUUUACAAGAAGGAGAUCUUGUUCUGAAGAUCAAUGGAAUGACCACAGAGAACCUGUCACUGCUGGAGACUAAGCAUCUUGUGGAGAAGUCCAGAGGCCGGCUGACCAUGGUGGUCCUGAGAGACAGCCGAAAGUUCUUGGUCAGCAUCCCUGAAGUGGAAGACAGUCCACGGAACAGUGGGGAUGAGAGGCAUGGAGACAGCUCUGAGCUAGAAGACAUUUCAGAUCUGGAUUCAGAUUCGCCAGCCAGGGGCAGAUCAUCUCGUCCCCCCGCCCGAGAGCGUCGUACACACAGAACCCGAGCAGAAGCUCCUCCGCCGAAGCCAAAGUCCCGUGACCCGUCUCCUGUGCGCACAACGCUGAACCGACCCCCCGCGCACAGCCUUCCCAGGCGGAGAGCCCCCUCUGAGUCUGAAUCAGACAGAAGCGAUUCUCCUCCCCCUCCAAGAAGGGACAGCCCAGACACGAGGGACUCUGACAGAUACAGGGUUCUGUCUGGCAUCUCCACUCUACCCAAUCCUCGUGAUUCCCCGAACUGGAACGCCCCACGGCCCUCCUCCUCCGCUUCACGCCCACGCAAACCGGUCUCCGAGUCGGACUCUGACAGGGGCAGUUCUCCCCCAGCCAGACGGAAGAGUCCCAAGACUGAUAGCCACGCGAGAUACAAAGUCCUCCCUGAUCUGCCUGCCAACCUGCGUGCCAACUCCAGGGGCUCCUCGCCAUUCAGACCUCCACCGCCAGAUUCAGAGUCGGAGUCAGAUGGCAGCACCUCCCGUCGCACCCAGGACAGCAGAUACAGAAAGCCCCCAGGGGUUGCUAAAGCCCCCGCAGUAGAACCCCCACGCUGGACCGCUCCCACAGUGCCCAAGCCCACCACUGACAGGGGUCCCUCAGAUACUGAGUCUGAGGCGAGUUAUGCCCCUGCUCCAAGACCGGAGUCUCCAAUAAACAGGGGCUCCUUGAGAGCAAUUGGAGGUCUUCCUGAAAUGCGAUCAUCACCAGUCGUGGUCAGACAGGAGGACUCUCUACGAAGGGUCUUACCCCCAGCCAGGCCUCCACCAGAAGACUCCUCUGAGUCCGAGCGAGCCCCAUCUCCCCCCAGACGCUAUGAGAGCACGGACGAGAGCAACCACAGUUUUCCACGCGCCAAUGGUACGCUGCGUUCUGAUGUGUCCAAGGCAAGCAACAGCAAGCCACAAGUGAAGGCCAUAGAGGAGCCAGUUUACGCUCUCCCUCCAGAUGCCUUUCCCACUUAUAACCAGGGGUAUAGCUCAGACCAGAAUGUAGUGGAUUUUGUGAAGGACGGCAGUGUGGGCUUACGGCUGGUCGGAGGAAAUGAUGUGGGGAUCUUCGUUGGGGGCGUUCAACCCAACAGUCCUGCACAGAGGCAGGGGAUGAAGGAGGGGGACCAGAUCAUGCAGGUAAAUGGCGUAGACUUCAAUCACUUCACACGAGAGGAAGCAGCCAUGUAUCUGCUGAACGUCCGCACAGGGGAGCCCAUCUCCCUCCGCACACAGAACAAAAUGGACAUUUACAAGAAGAUCAUGAAGUCCAACAUCGGAGACUCCUUCUAUAUCCGCACACACUUUGACCAUGAGGCAGAGGGCAACGUCGGCCUGAGCUUCACCCGGGGGGAGGUGUUCCGCGUGCUGGACACCAUGCACCGGGGCAAGCUGGGCAACUGGCUGGCUGUGCGCAUGGGGCAUGACCUGCACGAGCUUGACAAGGGAACCAUCCCCAACCAGACCAGGGCUGAGACCCUGGCCAGUACGGAGCAGGCCCAGAGGGUAUUAGCGGCUGAGAAACAGGCCUCAGGUCAGAGGGCAGAGUUCUGGAAGAUGAGGGGGCUUCGGGGGGCCAAGAAAAAUACCAGGCGAACCCGAGACGACCUCCUGAUGCUGACGAUCCAGGGCAAAUUUCCAGCCUAUGAAAAGGUCCUAUUGAGAGAAGCUAAUUUUAAACGACCCAUUGUCAUCCUUGGCCCUCUAAAUGACAUUGCCAUGGAGAAGUUGGCCAGAGAAAUGCCAGAUGAAUUUCAAGUUGCAGAUAUGGUUCCCAGGAGCGGAGCGGAACGCACUUCAUCCACUGUGAUCAAGCUGGACACUGUGAGGAAGAUCGCUGAGCAGAACAAGCAUCCCUUGCUGGACAUCACUCCCACCGCAGUGGAGAGGCUGAACUACAUACAGUACCACCCCAUGGUGUUCUUCCUGGACCCUCACAGCCGUAAGGACGUGAAGACCAUGAGGCAACGCUACGCUCCUGACUCCAACAAGAGCUCUCGCCGUCUCUAUGCCUCGGCCACGAAAGUUAGGAAACACUACAGUCAUCUGUUCUCUGCCCACAUUGAUCUGCAGCCUGGUUCACAUGUGUGGUAUGAGGCUCUGAAAGACAAAAUACGGCAACAGCAAGCCAAGCCAGUCUGGGUCUCCGAAGUUACGCUGGAGGGGGGUGAGACGGAGGUGCUGGAUGAGUUGGCCCCUGAUCACGCUUCAGACUACCUGAGCUGCGACAGCCGUGCGGCCAGCGAUUACGAAGACACAGACGGAGAGGCCUACACCGACGGAGAGCUGGGAGAGCUCUACACUGACAACGAGGACAUUGACGAUCCCUUUAGUCCCCCGGAGGACGUUGCGCGUCACUCCAGGAGCAGGGGGACCGCCUUGGCCCGCUCUUCUGAGCCUGCCAGGGACCGCGACAGCCCUAGCCCUAGCCCUAGCCCUGAGCCCCACCACAGCCUAGCGCCUGCCCCCGAGGCUGAGCCCGUGUACCAGCUCCCCCCUGACGGGCUGCCCCCCAUCCUCUACGUCCCAAAGCCCCAGUCUCAGCUGCCCCCUUCUUACAGCCCCCCACGUCAGGACGCCCCGUCCCCACGCAGCCGCAGCUUCAGUGACUCGGACUACAGCGCCACAGAGAUCCAAGUCCCAACUACGCCAUCAGAUGGACCACCAGACUUCCAGGCUCCAGACCCCAGGCCUAAGGGUGCAGAGCCUCCUCCAGAGAGCCCUCCGCCACCGCCCGUUACACUGUCCUUCAUAGAGGAGAAGCUGCAGCAGACUCGCAUGGCAGAGCCUGGAGAGAGACAGUCCCCUCAGUUCCUUGUGCUAGCGCAUCACGAGGCACUGCACAGUCGCCGGACCCAGAUCAACGGGAGUGACAGCUCAGAGGAUCAAGAUGACUUUGAUGACAAUGAAUGGGGUUCAGCCACGGAACUGUAAAGGACAUGUUUUAUGAGCAAUGUAUCCUGAAAAGACUCUCAUUCCUCCUGAUCUUCUCUUUAUCUGGAUUGCCAAACGGGAGAUGACUUGACAGACCACACCAUCUGAGCCAUUAGCCACGUAUAAGGCUAAUAUUACAGCUACAUUUCCACAGUACUCUACUCUAAGAACUCUUGGACAUAUACCAUCCUCUGCACGAACAAUUGCUGACUACUGAGCUUGAUGUUUUAUACUGACAGAGUUUGAUGGGACUCAACCAUGGAUGUUUAUGUUAAAUAAUUUUAAAUAAAAAAAUGUAUUCUAAAACAUA